UGAACGUUGUCGAUUUCUUGUGAUUAAAAUAUAUUUUAACAGAUUCGUAUUGAUUCGCCAUUUUGAAUAUUACUUGUAAUACAUUUUUUAUUUAUAAUAUUAAAACUUUAUAAGCAUUUAUUUUUUAGUACAAUACAACAAUGUGCAUAAAGCCUACUUGAUUAUAUUUAUUGUUUCACUGCGUAGUUAUUUCACACCAUGUUGUCUUGAUUGAAUCAGUUAAUAAUAUCAAAAGGAUGGCCCAAUUAGAGUUAUAUACAGAGGCAGACAAGUUGAAGUUAUCUAAGUUUACAAAGAUUUUGACUCACAAGGUCGCGCAAAUAGUGGUUCAGAGCAGACAAGGGAAGAAGAUAACUCAAGAAAUCAACGCUAGAAAUCCUAUAGAUAAUGGGCCUCCGUCUCCUAACAAUCAACAAUGGUUCAAUUUGUCUAUUCCUGAUGAGCCUGAAGUUAAGCAAGAUACAAAUGGAGUACUGAAAGAAGAAAUUGUGUCUGCACUAUCUAAAGUUUUGUGCAUAGAAAUAUCGCUAAGAACUAGUGAUGAUGAAGGAAUGGUCCUAGAGUUGUGGACGGUGAGAAUGGUCCCAAGUUCAUCUAAUAAUGGCAUAUCCAUUCCUACAAUUUAUUACCGUAUGAGUAUUAUGCUUAAAUCUACGUUAACAAUAUCAAGGAUUACACCCGCUUACAAAAUGUCUAGGUCCCAACAUAAAGAAUCCUAUAAAAUAUUUCAUAAGAUAUAUGGUGGUGAACCCAACUUAAAUUUAUUAGGUGAACAAUUUAAAAGUAUUAAAAUAAGUGAUCUUCAAACACCAAUAGGCACUAUAUACAUAGAUGUAGUGUACAGAACCAAAAUGACAAUACUACCUGAGGACAAACCCAAAAUAGCUUUAUCUUCAACUGUUACUACAACUGUUAAUGAUAUCAUGGUGAAGAGUGACCAUUUUUAUGAAAGUCCAAAGAAAGUGAAUGAUAAAAAGGAGAUAGAUUUAUCCAAGCCUUUGACAGCAGGCGCAUUCGUCGACGCCGACCAAAUUCGAGAGUUGCAUGAUGCACUUAGUCAGCAACUGCCACCCGAGCCUCAGAUGAGCUGGCUCCGAACUGAAAACGACAAUAAACAAAAUUUGCAGAAAAUGAAGAAUUUAACCAUAUCGGAAAAUGAGAAUGAUUCUAAACCGAGUUGCAGUGCUGACACGGGUACAUCAACCCUUCAUGCCACAAGUAAGGCCAUAGAAGUACCCAAGAUGAAGAAUGGCGAUAAAUAUUCUAGUCUAAUGGAUUUUCCGUUCGCCGACGGUAGUCCCAUGGCAGAACUGGCAAACUUUUACCAGGAGUGCCUACAGGCUAGGUCGGCGAGCGACGAAUGGACAGACAUCGCCGGUGAAGCGUCCGCUUCCACUGAUUCGGAAUCAUUAUCUCAGCAGUUGAAAAUGUUUGAGGAUGCUGUCCCGGAGUUCGACAACAUGGUUGCCUCGAUGUUCAGCAACUCCGAGAAUGGAUCCGAGUAAUUGUAACCAUGAAGUUGUUAUCGCUUUUGUCUAAGUAUUUGUUAUUAAAAUGAAAUGAGAUAUGUAAAAAUCAACCAAUGAGGUACCCAAUUAUAGAACAUUCCUUGCGGUCAAACUAGUUUAACUAAGACGAAGUUCUGUUUGUAGUUUGUUCGCAUGCCAUAAUUUGAUGGUUUUAAAUUUUUUUCUAUUGAUUGAUUUUUGCGUUUUCAUAACUAUUAGAUGUACGGGCGAACCAAAAAAUUGUUUAUAUGAUUACGCUUUAGAAGGUUGAUCAUCAUCUGUAUCUAAAUAACGAAGUCAUCGAAAACGAAAUUUCCUUAUUGACAAGUGGUUGUUAAACAUUCUACGUUGAGGCUUACUGGCUAUGCCACGCUAGUUAUCCAUUUUAUUUGUUCA